GCAUCGUUGGGUUCAAUGUUCGAAUCCGGGGUCUGGUUCCGUGAGCUAUCUUGAGGAGCUGGACAUGGCAACUGAGGGUGACAGCGUGGGAGAGGCCACCUUCCACAUUGGCGACAGAGUGUCGUGCGAAGGCGAGCGCGCCACUGUGCUGUUCGUGGGCGCCGUGGACGGCUCAGACGGCCUCUGGGUGGGCGUCGAGUGGGACCACCCUGAGCGCGGCAAGCACAAUGGCCGAGUCAAGGGCAAACAGUACUUCCUGACCAGUCACGAGACGGGCGGCUCGCUGGUACGUCCCCGGAAGCUGAGCCGGCCCGUGCAGUGCACGGAGGCGGUGGUCGAGCGCUACGGCAUCAUCAUCAACACCGAGAGCACCGUCGACAGGGACGAGCUGGAUGCCCUGCAGCGAGACCUUAACGCCAGGUUUGUUCAGGUGAUUGGCCUGACCAAGCUUAACAAAAAGCAAAGCAAGCUGGACUUGCUGAAGAAUGUGUAUCUGCGGGAGUGUCUGAUCACGGGCGACAACCCUCCGCUGCUGGGCGAGGUCUGUCCCAGCAUCGAAGAGCUGGAUUUGGCCGAGAACCUGCUGAACUCGUGGGCGGCCGUGGCCGACAUUGUACGUCAGCUGCCGCGGCUGCGCGUGGUUAACCUCAGUGAGAACCGGCUGCUGGGGCCUGAUGCGUCGCUGCGGCCCGCCUUCGCCACCGUGCGCAUCCUGCUUGCCAACCGGCAGCGCUACACGUGGAGCGAGGUGCUCGAGUGCGCCUGCAUGUGGCCGCACGUUCACCGGCUGACGCUGGUAACGAACAAGAUCUCACAGCUGCAGGCGCCGCCGCCCGGCCUCUUCCAACAGCUCGACUCUCUCGACCUGGACUCGAACCCCAUCGAGGACUGGUCAGAGAUCCUCAAGCUGGCUGCGCUUCCCAGAUUGCGCGAGCUUGGUCUCGCCAAUACUGGGCUUCGCCGAAUAGAAGUGCCGAGCGACGCCACAGACCUGUUCCCCGCCCUGCACAGCAUGGUCCUGGACGGAAACUGCAUUGACGAGUGGGGUUCGGUGGACGCCAUGGACCGCCUACCGAGCCUGGUGGACAUUACGCUGAGGAACAACCCGCUGUCUGCCUCCGACCGGCCCGAGUCCGUCCGCGAGCUCAUCAUCGGCCGCAUUGGCAAGCUGAAGGUGCUGAACCGGACCGAGGUGACGCGCGAGGAGCGGCGCUGGGCAGAGCUCGACUACUUGCGCCGCUUCGGCCCCGCGUGGCGCGAGGCCGGCGGUCGACUGGACGCGACCGAGCGCGGCGACACCUGGCGCCGCUUCCUGGAGACGCACCCGCGAUAUCCGCAGCUGUGCGAGGUAUGGGGCGCGCCCGAGGACUCAGAGCUCAAAGUCACAGCCGACACCAUCAGCGCCAACAUGGUGAGCGUCGAGAUCCGGCGGGCCGACUCGGACGCCGAGGAGGACGUGUUCCAGCGCCGGUUGCCGCUCGCCAUGCGCCUCUCCAAGCUGAAGGUGCUCGUCAACAAGCUACUCCGCGGAAACAUUAAGCGUCUCGACCUGAGCUACCGCAGCGUGCAGCGGCCCGACUGGGAGAUCGAGAUGGACCGCGAGCGUGACCUCAGGUUCUAUGGCGUCGAGGAGGGCGACCAGAUCAUCGCUCGGUAUUAUUAGUCUGCCAUGUGCGUCACCGGCGCACCCGCCGACUCUGGGACCAGUCGCGUCCUCUCACCUCUCCGACCGCAAACCUUUACACUGCCGACUGGGAGGGUCUCAGCCAGGAGUGAGCGGGUACUCGCGGUCGGGGUCGGCGCCCCAAUCAGCGGGCCAGCCCGGUCCGACCUGACCCGAUAGACAGCACGUGAUUCUUCUGUGACUCCGGACGCCGCGCUGCCCGGUGUGAUGAGAUUCGGUUGGCCGCCUCAGACCUCUAGUUUGAUCGCUCGCGUCUAUCCCGGGCCGCUGGGCCAUCUGCCGUGACGACUCCGUCCCCUCUGCAGCUAACCGGAGGUCAGUGUUCUGUUGUCCACGUGGUGUUUGAAUGCUCAUGACACAAUCGAAUUAUGCAUAAAUUAUAUGUUAACACA